CUAUGAAAAUGCACACGUAUUAACCAGGAUGUACAAUGGUUGGUAUACUAUAAACAUUAAAAAAAGGCGGUGGUGUAUGACAUCAACAAAACUCUCAACCGAUGGAAAAGGUUUUACCAAAAAAUGUGAUUGUUUCGGAUAGUACCAUAAAAGAUAGUCUAUUUGUCUCAUGAUAGACUUAGAAAAAGAGGGAUUAAAUCUGAUAUUCAUUUCUAUAAAACUUCUGCUCUAAUUUUUGGCGUACCGAUGUAUGCUGAAAUAUUGGCUGAUGUGUGUUAGAGGAACUUGGAAAUAGGGAUUAGAACCUAUUCCUGAAUAUCAAAGUAAAGGUUGGAUUAACUUGUUAGGUUACACUUCUUGUCUUAUUUUUACAAUUCAAAGUACUUUGUUGUUGGCUGAAUUCAAAUACAAUUCUGAGUUAGAUGAAACAUUCCUAAUAUUUCAGUCAAAUGAAAGUCGAUUGAUGUUUUAUUUAAAUAAGGAUUUCUUCCCCAUUUGCUUAUUGGUAUUUCAUGGUUAAAGGAUUGUGGGGAGGAAGGGAUGGAUUUCCUUUUUUUAAAGGAGCUCGACUUUGAAAUUUAAUCUAAUUAUUAAUUUACAAUAUUAUCUAAAUGUCUAUGAUAUCUCAAAGUGUCCAGCUCUAAAAAAACAGACCCAAGGAAUUAGACAUGUCUUCACUUUAUAGCGAAGAAAAUAAAUCUUCUCAUAUCAUCAAUCACGUAAUUCACCAUUAUACUCAGUUAGAGAAUACAUCAAAGAUCAUUUCACCACUUUAUUCUAUGUCAAAUUCACUGUUCAAAGAACCUACCAAGUAUGAAUGUCCGAAUCAUUAAUAAAUGAAAGCAAUGACGUUGUCAAAAUUCCUAUACGGACAUCCUCCUAAGUUGGAUAAUAUUAUGAAUAUCUAUGGAUUUGAACCAAAACUAUAAUUGGAAAUGGUCAAACCAGUUAUCGAUACAAACAUUAUAUAAACUAUUUAAACAAUAUCCGAAGAAGAUCUGUAAACGAUAAAUUUAGAUUAAAUUAAUAUACAGCUCACUUAAAUUGAAUAAACCCUGUAAUAAACUGAUUUUCAUCAAGUAUUAGCGACUUUAACUAAUAUUUUUGAAAAAUUGUCCGAGUCCAUUAAUUACAAUUUAGAAAACGAAUUGCCUUAUCAAAAACAUAUUGUUUAUUAACUUAGAGUCUCUGUGUUGUUAUCCAAAAUCUACAAAUGCAUGGGAGAUUACAAGAAUUCCAUAAUGUGGUUAUUGAAAAUUCGAUAAAACUACAGAGUGUUUGAUCCUAGCUUAGCAGGUAAGUUGAUGCUCGAGUUAUCUAAAUUAUACUUCCUCAAUUUACAAAUCAGGGAAUCUUAAGGAAUCCUGCAUGAAGCAUUAUUGCACUUUGAAAAAAUCGAAUGGAAGGCUGACAUUGCAAAAACUUUACUUCUGUAAGCUCGUAUUUGUGCUUGGAUGAGUAUUAAUAAUUUCAGUAUUCCUAGACAACGUUGAUAUGGCCACAAAGUUAGUUUAUGGGGCAAUUUCACUACUAAGAGAAGCCUAUAUCAAUGAUGAAACCAAAUUAGACUAGGCCUACUUUAUCUUGGCGGAAUGUCAUUAUGUAUCUAAAAAGUAUGAUACAGCCAAAGAAUUCUUAGUUAAAGUUAUAUAAUUGAAUUUGUAAACUGGAAAAUAAGAGGAUCACAUUACAUUCCUUGAAAUCUAUAAUUUAUUAGGACUAAUUCAUGCUUAGAUUUUUGAUCUAAAAACUUCUUACUUCUACUUUUGUUAAGCUUAUAAAUGCAUCAAGUAUAAAUUGUAUUCAAAAUUAAAUUUAGUUCCAAUAACAUAUAAAAAGGAUAGAUUUUAAACAAUAUCUCUCUAAUAUAAAAGUUCCUUGGUUAGUUAGAACUAGCUGACAGAUGCUAAAAGGCAGCAACAGAAAUUUAUGCUUAAUUUUUAUAGGAAAAUCAUUAAAUUUUCAAAAGAUUAUUGCUUAAUUCAAUUAUUGAGUCUUAACAAUGA